AUGUGUAUCACAUUCUCUGCUUUGUUAAUUCUUCUUUGUGACUCUGUACCUUUCGUACUUUCUCAAGUCGUAGAGCCCAUGAACCACUCCUUUACACAAACUUCUGUUAUAUCUAUUCUUAGCCUCACAACAAGUACCACCGAAAUAUUUCCAUCCCCAACUAUUACACCUCAGAAUGACCUUAUACCUGUCUCUUCUACUCUGCUAGUCACCCCCAACGAGCUAUCAACGCCCAUCAGCACAACGGAAACAAAUAUCACAGCUUUACCGUCUUCAUGUCAGGCUCAAAUCUUGCAAUUUGACUCAAAUAAUAGGGCUCUCAGCACUACGAUCCAAUGGAUAACUAGAAGCGCGUCGUUAUCACCUAGUACUAGCUUCACUACAACAACUCAGAUCCCACCUGAGCCUCCAACCUCCGCUACAAAUACUACUUCUCAGAUAACCUUUGAAUCUGCAGUUUCUCCAAUGAACUCUGAUACAACUACUCUCGUCUCGAUCUAUCCGAUAUACCCUAACUCAACAACUCGAAUCUCAGCUGAAUCAACAAUUCCUACAAAAAUUACUAGUACGACAAAUCAGAUCUCAUAUGAAUCUACAAUUCUUACAAUAGAUUCUAGUACUCAAAUACCGUCUAUACCUACGACGUCGACAAUCAAUCCUGGCAUACCAGCCCUGACUCCAACCUACACGGUAGACUCUAGUGCAACAACUUUAGUCUCAGCCUAUACGAUAAAAUCUAGAACAACAUCCCUUAUCUCAUCUGAAUCUGCAAUCUUUACAACAGAUUCUAGCACAACAAUUCAAGUCCAUACAACACAAAAUAGUCGACCUAGCCGCAGCUUUCCCACAUCAACGAUUGAGAUAACCAGUACAGCCUUAGAUAUUUCUACAAGUGCAGUUCCUACAGCCGCUGUUCUCGCAACACCAUCGUCAUCAAUCGAUCAGACCUUCAGUAACGACAUUACAUCGCUAAUCAGUACAUCCAGAAUAUCGAAAUCGAAAUUCACUUCAGAAUCAAGCACUAUUAUAACCACACCCACCACCCGUACAUCACCAGCCACUAGCAGUCCAGCCCCAGCGCUAACAUCCAGCAUAGCAGCGAGUGUUCAACCUCCCUCUGUGUCUUCUAGCCCGAUCACUGAACCCUUUCUUCCUGGCGACAUGGCUGCAUCAACAACUGUCACGUACUUGAAUUCUACUUAUACGCUUAUUCAGGUCUAUACCAGGUCCCAUAAUUGA